GGGCUCAGCUCCGGGAGAGCUCGGGCGGGAGCCCAGAGAGCGAGGCGCGGGGACCUGAAGCUAGACCCCAGCAUCCCGCCGCUUCGGCCCGGGCCUGCCCCGCCCCCUUGCCCCGCCCUUUUCCAGCCCGCCCCACCCUUUCUACGCCCCUCCAUCCGGACCCCGCCCCCGGUACAGCCCCCCGCCCUCGCUGCCCGUGUCCCGCCCCCUCCCCCCCUGGCCCUCGCCACCGGUCCAGGGAGGGGACGGCGGGACAGGCGGGACCGGCGGGAGGGCGGACCGGGCGGGGAUAUGGCCGCGGCGCCCGGAGGGUCUGCGCCGCCCGCCGGCCCCGGCCCGCGCCUGGGUUUCAGCACCGCGGACAGCGGCGUCGGCAUGAGCGGGCUAAACCCGGGUCCUGCCGUGCCGAUGAAGGACCACGACGCCAUCAAGCUCUUCGUGGGGCAGAUCCCGAGGGGCUUGGACGAGCAGGACCUCAAGCCGCUGUUCGAGGAGUUCGGCCGCAUCUACGAGCUGACGGUGCUGAAGGACCGGCUCACCGGCCUCCACAAAGGCUGUGCCUUCCUCACCUACUGCGCCCGGGACUCUGCUCUCAAGGCCCAGAGUGCACUGCACGAGCAGAAGACCCUGCCAGGGAUGAAUCGUCCCAUCCAAGUGAAGCCGGCUGCCAGUGAGGGCCGAGGAGAGGACCGAAAACUGUUUGUGGGUAUGCUGGGCAAGCAGCAGGGUGAGGAGGACGUCAGACGCCUGUUCCAGCCCUUUGGCCACAUCGAGGAGUGCACCGUCUUGCGGAGCCCCGAUGGCACCAGUAAAGGCUGUGCCUUUGUGAAGUUCGGGAGUCAAGGGGAAGCUCAGGCGGCCAUCCAGAGUCUGCACGGCAGCCGGACCAUGGCGGGCGCCUCGUCCAGCCUCGUGGUCAAGCUGGCUGACACGGACCGCGAGCGCGCGCUGCGGCGGAUGCAGCAGAUGGCGGGCCAACUGAGUGCCUUGCAGCCGGCGCCGCUGCCGCUGGGGGCCUGCGGAGCCUACACCACCGCUAUCCUGCAGCACCAGGCGGCCCUACUGGCGGCGGCGCAGGGCCCGGGCCUCGGCCCGGUGGCCGCAGUGGCGGCACAGAUGCAGCACGUGGCGGCCUUCAGCCUGGUAGCCGCGCCGCUCUUGCCGGCCACAGGUACUGCGCGCAGGGGGCGGGGCCCGCGGCGGGGGCGGGGCGAGGCGGGGCUGCGGCCUGACUCUUCCACUUCCUCGCCACCUGCAGCCAAUUCCCCGCAGGGCGGCGGCCCCAGCACGCUUCCGGGUUUCCCGGCGCCCAUCGGGGUCAAUGGAUUCGGCCCUCUGACCCCCCAGACCAACGGGCAACCUGGCUCGGACAGUCUCUACAAUAACGGGCUCUCUCCUUACCCAGCCCAGAGUCCCGGCGUGGCUGACCCCCUGCAGCAGGCCUACGCUGGGAUGCACCACUACGCAGCAGCCUAUCCGUCGGCCUAUGCCCCAGUGAGCACAACUUUUCCCCAGCAGCCUUCAGGCCUGCCCCAGCAGCAAAGAGAAGGCCCCGAAGGCUGUAACCUCUUCAUCUAUCACCUGCCUCAGGAGUUUGGUGAUGCAGAACUCAUCCAGACAUUCCUGCCCUUUGGAGCCGUUGUCUCUGCCAAAGUCUUUGUGGAUCGAGCCACCAACCAGAGCAAGUGUUUCGGGUUUGUUAGCUUUGACAAUCCAACCAGUGCCCAGACAGCUAUUCAGGCCAUGAAUGGCUUUCAGAUUGGCAUGAAGAGGCUCAAGGUCCAGCUAAAGAGGCCCAAGGAUGCCAACCGGCCUUACUGAUCUACUCUCACUGACCAGCCACAGAAAGAGUGAGAAGAAAGGAAAAGAAAAGCACAGAAAUGCUUGAGCAGCCCUUCCUGAAGGAGCAGCCACAGAUGGAGGUGGACCCAAGGCCAGUGCCUGGGCUCAGGCCACUUUCAGGAUUGUUUUCACCAAGUGGGUUGUUCUGUGCCUGUGAUGUAGAGCUCAGGCUGGCAAGGCCGCUGGGGCUGGCUGAGGACUGACUGUCUAGGGGAACCAGCAGAGGGCCUUGGGGGGUGCCAAGGGCUUCUCACAAGGGAAGCCCAGAUUUACUUCUUUCAAAAUCAUAUCAUUCCUUAGAGUUUAGGGACCAAAGGACUAUUGCUUUUUAAAGAAUUAUAUAUAUAUAUAUAUAUAUAUAUAUAUAUAUAAAAAUUAAAACAAAGAAACAAAAAAAUCACAAGAGAAACAAAAAGGACAGUAUAGAGUCUAAUAAAAGCUGCCUUUAAAUAUCCCUAGGAGGCAGGGUGAAGGAGACCCUUGAAGGCCCCAGCCUAGGCAGAGGAAGGCUGUGGAAAGAUUGUUCUGUGUCCCAUUCCCUCUUAACGCCCCCCACCUCCACCCCACCACCUUUUAAAAAUAAUGAAGGACUUGAGGUCUGGGCUCAUAUGCAGGUAACAAGAGAGUUAUUGAAGCAGUGAACCCACAGUUCCCAAACUCAGAGAGCAUCCACGAAGAGGCCUCAAGGAGGGGCUCUGGCCUGCCCUGCUCUUUGCCACCCCGAAAAACCCCUUAAGCCAGCAGGGGUGGGAACCUGCCUUUCCUUCUUGACAGCCUUUCCCGUGGAACCACUGCUUCCUCAGGCAGGAAGAAAGGGAGUUUGGACUGCCCCAGCCUUUCCCUUCCCCAUCCAGUUAGACAGAGGCCCUGCCUUUGGCUGAGCCGAGACACCUCCUGUUUCCCCUCACCUUGAGCCAGCCCCAGUGUCCCCUUGCUCCAGACCACCUUCUGUCUCUAAGUUUGCCCACCGGUAAAGUAGAUUCAGGAUAUGUGUAGAGGGCUGUGACAACAGACUUGGAAGGUUCGCUACUGUAUAUACUGCCAUUGAGAAGGGGAUAAUUUUCAAUAUGUAGAAGCUUCAGAAUUUAGAGGUCCCUCUUUACCCAGGACCUGGGAGGGAAGUAGAUGUUUUGCCAAAAUACUUCAUCAUUCCUUUAAAAACUACAUCUUUCCUAUGCAAGAGUGUCUCAAUGUGCUUAUCCAAGGUGCUUCUAGAUGGUGAGCAGUGUUCAGCUUAGAAGUGGUGUGUGCUCUGUCUGUCUGUCUUUGUCUGUCUGUUGUAUACAGUGGGUACCAUAUAAAGCUGAUCGAUGGUGGUGCUUCCUGCCUGCUUCUGUGAGAUGGGCAAAAGAUUCAGCUUAGAGCACCAUGACUCACUUGCCUUGGUCAGCCUUUCCUGGGCCUGCAGGGCCUUGCACAUAACUUUUCCUAGGAGGAUAAUUUUCCCUCUACCCCACAGACCUGGAUCAAACUAGUCUGGGGCCCCAGCUGUGUGGUGGGCACUCUGGUCCCUAGAUGUUGCUGAGACUGGAGGCCUCUGAUCUGAUAUCACAUCAGACAAUAAAGCAUGUGGGGGCGGGGGCGGCGGGUUCCUCCUUAAUAAGAGUUUCUAAGAAAAUUUGUUCCCACCUGUUCCUCUGUCUUUGACUCGUUUUUGGAGGGAAUGGAAUGAAAAAUAACAUUGCCAGGUAAGGUGUGGUAGUUCACAGGGCUGACACGUAGACUGACCACCCUGGACACAGAUGGGAAUGUUAACACCUGCACAUUCAAACAGCUGUUCACAUGGAGGCAUAGAGACCCGUCACUGCUAGGUGCUAAGCACUGAGAGCUGGGGGAAGGACGGUCCGAUAAUGUAGUGAUAAUGGAGGGCCCCAGAGAGCCUGUGAUAGCAAGAAGAGUACCGAAUUCAGACUUGACCGGUAAGGCAGGUCAGAGAAAGGUUUACUGAAGAAGAUGAAGGAGGGGAAGGGUCUUCGAGAAUGAACUGGCACAUAUGCACAAAGCCAUUUGGACAGCCGCAUCAUGCUGAUAAAUUAUUGGCAAGAAAUCAUAAUGAUUACCGUUUAUUCAGUGCCAAUUAUGGGGCAGACAGUGGGCACCAAGAUAAGACCCUUUCCCAUUUCUAACUCUACCCUGAACCUUAACUCAUCAAGUCACGUCAAGACACAAACCAAAAUGGCAUUUGAAGUAUCUUGUUUCAUGGUUAGGGGCUGGCAGACCAUGUAUAAAUGUUGCAGAGGUUGGCAGGAUCUAGAUCAGGGGGUCGGCAAACUAUGGCCUGUGGGCAAAUCUGGCCUACAGCCUGCUUUUGUAUGGCCUACAAAUAAUGUUUUUUUUACAUUUUUAAAGGGCUGUAAAGAUAAAACAAAAAAGAAUUUGAGACAGAGACCAUAUGUGGCCCACAAAGCCUAAAAGAUUUAUCUGGUCCUUUAGAUAAAAUGUUUGCUGAUCCCUAUAAGCUCAUGGAAGACGUGUAUAAUGUCUAAUGAGUUUAAGCAACAAUGGUGUUUGUGUCUCUGUUGUGUGUGCAUGUGUUAGUCCAAAUCCUUUCAGCUGUAAGUGUCAAAAACCCAACUCAAACAUGUUUAAGCCAAUAGGAAAUUAGUUGGCUUACUUAAUUGAUAAAUCAAAGGAUGUAUCUACCUUUAGGCAUGGCUUGAUCUAGGGGUUCAAAUGAUGAUGUCUCCAUCUCUCGGCUCUGCUCCCUUCUGUUUAGUGGCCUCGCUAGUUCCAGCUCUAAAGACCUUGGGAGGACUUUGGCCAGAAUGGACAUGUGGCUACCUCUAGGGUGGAAGAGUAGGCCACCGUAAUUGACAACUUCACAAGGACUGUGUGGAGGGGAGAACUGGGUCUUCAAAAGAAGGGAUGAUGGGCAGAUAAGCAAUUUGCAUCCACAGUAUUCCUCCCCUUUAUUGUUCACCUUCCACCUGUACUUUUCUUGACAAACAUACACUUUCAAAAAUGUGCCUGCCUAACAAUGCAAUGUUCCUAGGCUCAACAAAAAACAGUCACCCACUUCUGAAUAGGAGAAAAAACAGAAUCAUGCCCAGUUGCUUUAUUGAGCCCUCAGUCCAGGGUCCCUUUGUGAUGUGCAGUUCUUGAUCAGGUCUGGAUAUAAUUUCUUGUGAUUUUGCAAUCUCUGGCUUAAAGAUAAAUUUAGCUACCCCUACAUAACCAAUAUGGAGAGAAAUAGGGUAACCAUUUAAAAAAAAAAAAACCCUUCCAUUUGGAAUAGGGGAGAAGAGAAAACAAUGGUCACUAAUCUAUAGCAUAUAGCACAUCCUUCUGGACAGUGGAGCAAGUUUCUUCAUCAACAAAACUAAUCGCUCUUGGUCCUUUCCACUGGGAAAUAUCUCCCUCCUUUAUGGACAGCCCUGAGAAGAUACCUCUUCUGGAAUUGAAUCAUCCACCCUCCCUUUAGACAUGGGUUUGGACCUAAAGAUUGCCUUAGAGAUUAUGCCUUCCCAGAUCCCCGAUCGCCUGGUGAGGAUUCUCUGGACAAUUCCUUUCAAACCAAGUGAUUUGAUUCCUGGGCUCUCUGUGAGCUAGUAACCAUCGUCAAGAAUCUUGCUGAGUUCUUGUCCUUGAGUCUGGAUCUGGCCCUUGUGGUUUCUGUCUCUUAGCAACAGGUCACACUGGGCCCAUUCCCCUCCCCCUCAGCUUCAUGGUUUCCACGAUAGCCUGUCUGUGAUAAUAAGUCAACCUUAAUCUGCUCAGUGCCCUCAGAGAGAGAUUACCUAUAUAACACUUGGCUGGCUCACGCUCCAGUGACCCUGACUAGAUAGUCAAAAUCCCUAAGUGGUACUGGCUCCUAGGUCUCAGCCCCAAGGCAAUGCUUAGGACAGGAGUGAGGCAACCACACAAGCACUCAUUCUGGACAAUCUGCAGCUUGCUCCACUCCUCGCCCUCUGGCUAUGGUCCAUUAUUACACUAAGGCCAUGUCACCAAAGCACUCCUGAGAAGAGUCUGUCAGUGGACAUUGAAUUGGGGGGCCCUCUGAGAACUUGUUUAACUUGGGGACUGUGGGCAGAGUCUUCAGCCUUCAGGAGGGCCCCCGGAAUUUCUCUCUGUCUCUCUGGAUGCAACCUGGGUGUCUUGGAUACAGAGAGAAAAGACCUUUGGUCUGAGAUGGGACUGACAACCUCUGAUCUCAGAGCAGCUCUGGAUCUACUGUGUGCUCUGACCAGACCUGGGGUCUCACCUCUGCCUCAGUGGAACAGAACAUGCAUGUAAUACCCUCCAAAAGAGGAUACUAAGGUCAGGGAGGUCACAGAAUCUCUCUUUAUCUUUUCCAGCUUUGUUUGCAAUCUUUGGCAUCCACUGUCCUCACUGUACCUGCCUUCACUGUGACACAGCCAAAUCCAGCAGGGAUUCAGAGGCUGUCUUGGGCCUGUGCGCCUCCCUCAGCCAGUAUAUUUGCUCAAGCAUGUUACACAGUCCUGUGUUCUUUGGGAGAACCAAUGAAGGAAUAAACCUCAUGGGCUCAGGAAGCUCAGAGCCAAAGCGGAUUCUGUAGCUGCCCUUCGAGCUUGAGCCACGUGAGGUCCACAAAGAGUUGACCAAGUCUGCGCCAAGUGCAAACUCAGAGAGGGUGGAGAGCUACUCUUUUUCUCCCCAACCCCGCUUCAGACACUGCCAUCACAGUAUGGCAGCCUGGGCUGAUCAGAGCCUUUGAUUGGCCGUCUGUAGAGGGGACUUUGAACUUCCAUGCUCUAGCCUGCUGCCCUCUAGUGGCCUAAGAGCACAGAGACCCAGAAGGCAGAGCAAGCUGCAAGCCUGGGUUUGACUCUUCCAAAGGUAAGUCUUACGUACCCAGGAGAAAAUGCAGGGAACCACAGAAAAAGCCUGAGAAAAUUAGCCUCAGCUUCUUCUAGGGAGUAUGCCAGAAAUGGGCUGACCCUGCACCCUUGCCACCGGGCGUCUGACAGGAAUCCAGCAGCCUGGGCUGGAUUUCCUGCACGUGAGCAGGAAACAUCAGUUGCGCCCUCAGGACCUUCUUGCUACCCCACUGUUGGGACUCAGUGUUGGGAUGGGGGCUUUGACAGCAGCUCCAUAUCUUAACGCAAGUGCUCUAGAAAACAGACUCUGAGGCAAGGAUUAAAGUGCUCACACCCUUUGGGGAGACGGAAGCCCAGGAUAAUGAGAGGGGAGAAGAGACAUGUGGCAGGGGAGAAAGAUGUGAAGCAACGCAAGACAACAUAUUAUUGCGGUGGCCACUGUUUCACAUGAGCUGUGAGGAGAGAACAGGUGACUUGACAGGACUGUUUGCUAAAGCACAUGGUGUUUGCAGGGAGAAACUGCACCUUAGAACCGUUCACCAGGAGGAGAAUUGAGAGGGAAUUUUCCCAUCUGUUCCCCUCUCAUCUCCUGUUUUCUACUGGCCAAGGUGCACUUCACGGAGAGCUAACUCCACUGCAUUUCUGAGUUGCAUCACCCUCUGGGUGGCUGCUUGGGAGGUUUCUACCACAAAUGUGGAAGUGGAGGGGCUGCUUGGCACGGGUGGGGUGCCAACCAAGAGAAAGAAAGAUGGAGGUGGCCCAGGAAGCCCAGAAAGGUGCAUGAGGGUUGUGACCAAUACAUUUCACUCUCUCCCACAGGAUUCACAGCCAGGGUCCCCAGGCACCAGAACCCCCAGGACUGUCUGAAUUUUAAGUAAAAUAAACAUUAUUUAAUUUGGGAGAAAAAAGAUGCAUUCAGGUGUGGCUCGGAGCAUCAGGCUUUUUCUCUAGAACUUUCCAGGCCCUAAGCUUCAGUAUCUCCUGCUUGAUGUCCCACCUCUCUGCCUUUGUUCUCACUCAUUUUAGUUUGGGGUAGAGGAUCUGGCUUUUAUAAUC